UAAGCCAUAUCCUCCUAUCUAUAUAAUAUGCUUCCUUCAUAUAUGUACCCUUUAAGGCCAAAACAUAUCUAUAUAAUCUUCUCAACGUACAAUAACGUGAAUGUGGAAGCUGGUUGCUGCUGCUGCUUGUUAAAUUUCCAAGAAAAAAGCAUCUUCAAAACUCUCAUCCAUGGCUGCUUUGAUCUUAAGCUCAACAAAUAAUAUUUUCCGGCAAGUUUUCCGAUCUAGCUUUCUCUUUCUGUUAUUCUUUUUUGUGAGUUCUAGCCCCCCAGGGGACCCCAUCAAAUGUUCAUUAAAGAAUACAAACUGCACGAUCACAAACUCCUACGGAGCCUUUCCCGAUCGAAGCGUGUGUCGAGCAGCAGAAGUGGCGUACCCAUCCACAGAGGAAGAACUCACUUCAGUGGUAGCAACAGCAACCAGGAGCCUAAGGAAAAUGAAGGUGGCAACACGUACCUCACACAGCAUUCCCAAGCUAGUCUGCCCCGACGGCCAAGAUGGGCUGCUAAUAAGCACCAAGUAUCUGGACCGUACGUUGAAAAUUGAUGUUGAAGCUAUGACGAUGACUGUGGAGAGUGGUGUAACAUUGAGGCAGCUUAUCAAUGAGGCCGGCGAGGCCGGGCUGGGCUUAGUUUUUGCCCCGUAUUGGUGGGGCUUGACAAUUGGUGGCAUGUUGGGCACGGGUGCCCAUGGCAGUACAUUGUGGGGAAAAGGGAGCUCAGUUCAUGAUUAUGUUGUGCAACUUCGAAUCGUUAGUCCUGGAAGUCGUGAAAAUGGGUAUGUUAAGGUUCGGACGCUCAAUGAUGGCGACAGAGAUUUUAAUGCAGCCAAAGUUUCGCUUGGAGUUCUCGGGGUUAUUUCACAGGUCACUCUUAAACUACAACCCCUCUUCAAGAGAUCCAUCACCUACUUGGCAAAGAGUGAUUCAGACUUGGGAGAUGAAGUUGCAAGUUUUGGGAAUGAGCAUGAGUUUGCUGAUAUAACUUGGUAUCCUAGUCAACGCAAGGCAGUCUAUCGGAUUGAUGAUCGUGUCUCCAUAAACAUGUCCGGUAAUGGUCUCUAUGAUUUCACGCCAUUCCGCUCUACACCUUCCCUCGAACUGGCCAUUAUCAGAACCACAGAGGAGUUUCAAGAAUCCACUAGUGAUGUCAAUGGAAAGUGCAUCGGUGCAAUGACAGUUGUCUCUGCACUGGUGAAUAGUGCCUACGGUUUGACUAACAAUGGUAUUGCCUUUAUGGGCUAUCCGGUUGUUGGAUAUCACAACAGGUUUCAAGCAUCCGGAACCUGCUUAGACAGUCUAGAGGAUGCACGGAUGACGGCAUGUGCAUGGGACCCAAGAGUUAAGGGUGAGUUCUUUCACCAAACCACUUUCAGCAUUGGCUUGUCCAUGGCUAAGAGCUUCAUCCAAGACGUGCAAAAGCUAAACGACUUGGUGCCCAAAGCAAUGUGUGGCAUAGAACUUUACAAUGGAAUCCUCAUGCGCUACGUUAAGGCUUCGAGUGCUUACCUGGGCAAGCAAGAAGAUGCAGUAGACUUUGAUAUCACAUAUUAUCGAAGCAAAGACCCCACGAAUCCUAGGCUUCACGAAGACAUAAUAGAAGAAGUUGAGCAACUCGCACUUUUCAAGUACGGGGCACUGCCCCAUUGGGGAAAGAAUAGGAACCUAGCGUUCGAGGGAGUGAUCAAGAGGUACAAAAAUGCUAGAAAAUUCUUAAAGGUUAAGGAAAUUUACGAUCCAUUAGGGCUAUUCUCUAGUGAGUGGACAAAUCAAGUUCUGGGAUUGGAAAAAGGGGUGACUGUAGAUAAGCAGGGUUGUGCACUAGAAGGGUUGUGUAUAUGCUCAAAAGACAGUCAUUGUGCUCCAAGCAAGGGCUAUUAUUGCAGAUCAGGAAAAGUAUACAAAGAUGCUAGGGUUUGCACUCGUUCAACGUCUUGUGAGGAUAUAAACGCUGUUGGUGGUGUCAAUGGCCUUAUUAAUUAGUUGAGUAGCUUCCACGGAUUUAAGGCAUAUAUGCCAUCAAUUUAGUACUGUUGCGGCCAAAAGUUCUAAGUUUUGCUGGAAAUUUUGGCUCUGAUUAGAAAAAAAGGUUGA